UUUAUUAAACGCCCAAGCCUGAGGCGCACGCGCAAUCCAGGCUGGGGGAGCACGUGAAAGGGAAGGAAUUGAGCAGGGCAGGGUGGGGCGAGGCACGUGGAGGUGCGCAUGCGCAUUACGGGCAAGGCCUGGCCCCCUUGCGGUGAGUUUUCUGGCGCUGCCGGAAGUGCGAUCAAAGACCGAGGCUCCGACCCUGUCGCCUCAUCUCUCUUGCGAGCAUCAUGGAGCCGGAAGGCUGAGGGUGAAGCGGCGUCUCUGCACCCGACAUGCCCGCCGGUCCUAUUGGCGCAGGUGUUUCCUCUGUAGUGUAGAGGCAAUAUGUACUCGGAGUGGAGGUCCCUGCAUCUUGUCAUUCAAAAUGAUCAGGGUCAUACUAGUGUACUUCACAGCUAUCCUGAAAAUGUGGGGAGAGAAGUGGCAAAUUCAGUGGUGCGUCCCCUUGGGCAAGCCUUAAAUAUGCCAUCAGCAACCGGGAGUGAGAGUUUGUUAAAAACAGAUAAAGAAGUAAAGUGGACUAUGGAGGUGGUUUGUUAUGGUUUGACCCUCCCACUGGAUGGCGACACUGUGAAGUAUUGCGUUGAUGUAUAUACAGACUGGAUUAUGGCUCUUGUAUUACCUAAAGAGUCUAUUCCACUGCCAGUUAUUAAGGAACCCAAUCUCUAUGUUCAGAGCAUUCUCAAGCACCUACAGAAUCUCUUCGUACCAAGGGCAGACCCAGGGUCCAUUCAGAUGAGGCUGUGCCUGCAGGUUUUGAAAGCUGUCCAGAAACUGGCUCGUGAAUCAAGCAUCAUGGCCCGAGAAACCUGGGAGAUUUUAUUAUUAUUUCUUCUACAGAUUAAUGACACCCUGCUGGCAGCUCCAACUGUGCAAGGUGGCAUUGCUGAGAAUCUGGCUGAGAAGUUGAUUGGUGUGCUUUUUGAAGUGUGGUUGCUAGCUUGUGCUCGGUGCUUUCCAACACCACCUUAUUGGAAAACUGCCAAGGAGAUGGUAGCCAACUGGCGCCAUCAUCCAGCUGUGGUGGAACAGUGGAGCAAGGUUAUCUGCGCCCUUACAUCCAGAUUGCUACGUUUCACAUAUGGACCUUCAUUUCCUCCAUUUAAAAUCCCUGAUGAAGAUGCUGGUCUGAUUCCUCCUGAAAUGGAUAAUGAAUGCAUUGCACAGACUUGGUUUCGCUUUUUACAUAUACUCAGUAAUCCUGUGGAUUUGAGUAACCCAGCCAUUAUUAGUUCUACCCCCAAAUUUCAGGAGCAGUUCUUGAAUGUGAGUGGAAUAACCCAAGAAUUGAAUCAAUACCCCUGCCUUAAACAUCUGCCUCAAAUAUUCUUUCGUGCCAUGCGUGGGAUCAGCUGCUUAGUGGAUGCUUUUCUAGGCAUUUCACGACCUCGGUCAGACAGUGCUCCCCCCACACCAGUAAAUAGGUUGAGUAUGCCCCAGAAUGCUGCUGUCAACACAACUCCACCUCAUAACCGAAGGCAUCGGGCUGUGACUGUGAACAAGGCAACAGUGAAAACUGGCACUGUAAGCACUACUCACACGUCAAAAGUGCAGCAACAGGCAUCCUCCACCUCGCCGUUGUCGAGCCCAAACCAGACAAGUUCUGAGCCUCGGCCACUACCUGCACCUCGAAGGCCAAAAGUUAACAGCAUCUUGAACCUCUUUGGAUCGUGGUUGUUUGAUGCAGCAUUUGUUCACUGUAAACUUCAUAAUGGAAUAAAUAGAGAUGGCAGCAUGACUGCUAUAGCAACACAAGCUAGUGUGGAGUUUCGUCGGAAAGGAUCACAAAUGUCCACAGACACUAUAGCUUCCAAUCCCAUGUUUGAUGCAAGUGAAUUUCCAGACAACUAUGAAUCAGGAAGAGCAGAAGCCUGUGGAACACUGUGUAGAAUAUUUUGUAGCAAGAAGACUGGGGAGGAAAUACUGCCAGCUUACUUAUCCCGAUUUUAUAUGCUUUUAAUCCAGGGUUUGCAGAUAGCAGAUUUCAUUUGCCACCCAGUGCUGGCCAGCAUAAUCCUAAAUUCCCCUCCUUUGUUCUGCUGUGACCUGAAGGGGAUUGAUGUUGUGGUUCCUUACUUCAUAUCAGCUCUUGAAACUAUUUUACCUGACAGAGAGCUCUCCAAGUUUAAAAACUACAUAAACCCUAUAGAACUAAGAAGAGCUUCUAUUAAUAUCUUGCUGUCCUUGUUGCCCCUCCCUCAUCAUUUUGGGAUUGUAAAAUCUGAGGUUGUCCUGGAAGGAAAGUUCAGCAAUGAUGAGAGCUCUUCUUAUGACAGACCUGUAACCUUCCUUUCCUUGAAGUUGAGGCUUGUGAAUAUUUUAAUAGGGGCUUUGCAAACUGAAACAGAUCCCAACAACACCCAGAUGAUACUAGGUGCAAUGUUAAAUAUUGUUCAAGAUUCAGCACUCUUAGAAGCCAUUAGCUGUCAGCUGGAAACGAAUGGUGGAGAAAAUAGCCUCUUGAAAAGCCACAGUCGCACUAACAGUGGCAUUAGUACAACAAGUGGAGGAAGUACUGAGCCUACAACGCCAGAUAGUGAGAGACCAGCACAAGCUCUUCUACGAGAUUAUGCUCUUAAUACAGAUACAGCUGCUGGACUACUGAUUCGCAGUAUUCAUCUUGUAACCCAAAGACUCAACUCACAGUGGAGGCAAGACAUGAGUAUUUCGCUAGCUGCAUUAGAACUUCUUUCUGGAUUGGCAAAGGUGAAGGUUGUUGUUGAUUCAUCUGACAGGAAGAGAGCUAUUAGUUCAGUAUGUAGCUAUAUUGUGUACCAGUGCAGCCGUCCAGCCCCACUCCACUCACGAGAUCUUCACUCUAUGAUAGUUGCAGCAUUUCAGUGCCUCUGUGUCUGGCUCACUGAACACCCUGAUAUGCUGGAUGAGAAGGACUGUUUAAAAGAAGUGUUGGAGAUUGUGGAAUUGGGUAUCUCAGGAAGUAAAUCCAAAAACAGUGAACAAGAGGUCAAAUACAAAGGAGAUAAAGAGCCAAAUCCUGCAUCCAUGAGGGUGAAGGAUGCAGCUGAAGCUACAUUAACAUGCAUUAUGCAGUUACUUGGAGCAUUUCCUUCACCCAGUGGCCCUGCCUCUCCUUGCAGCUUGGUGAAUGAAACCACCUUAAUUAAAUGUUCUGGUCUGCCUACUAUAAACAAACACAGCUUUCGCUACUUUGUUUUGGAUAAUAGUGUCAUCCUUGCAAUGUUGGAGCAGCCUCUAGGGAAUGAACGGAAUGACUCUAUUCCCUCUGUCACAACUUUGGUUCGUGGGACGUCUGGAAGAUUUGCAUGGGCCCAGCAGCUUUGCCUUUUACCAAGAGGAGCCAAAGCAAAUCAAAAGCAGAUGUUCAUACCAGAACCACGACCAACUCCUAAAAACAACGUUGGGCUCAAAUACACCGUGAAGCACCGACCCUUUCCUGAAGAGGUGGACAAAAUUCCAUUUGUAAAAGCUGACUUAAGCAUUCCAGACCUCCACGAAAUUGUUAAUGAGGAAUUGGAAGAACGACAUGAGAAGCUGAGGAACGGCAUGGCCCAACAGAUUUUUUAUGAGACUUCCAUAGACCAGAAGAGUGAAGAGGAGUGGCGCAAGAAGAGCUUCCCUGACCCAGUCACUGAGUGCAAACCUCUACCUCCUGCACAGGAGUUCCAGACAGCACGCCUAUUCCUGUCACACUUUGGAUUUCUGUCACUGGAGGCACUGAAGGAACCUGCUAACAGUCGUCUACCUCCCCACCUGAUUGCACUUGAAUCUACUCUUCCUGGGUUUUUUGAUGACCUUGGCUACUUGGAUCUGCUGCCAUGUCGUCCUUUUGAUACUGUUUUCAUUUUCUACAUGAAGGCAGGCCAGAAAACAAGCCAAGAGAUUCUAAAGAAUGUAGAGUCUUCCAGAAAUGUUCAACCACACUUCCUAGAGUUCUUGUUGUCUCUUGGUUGGUCAGUUGAUGUGGGAAAGCACCCUGGUUGGACUGGACAUAUUUCGACUAGUUGGUCUAUUAACAGUUGCAGCAAUGAAGAAGAACCUGAACAAGAUGAAGUUAUUUCUUCAGAAGAUGUUGGGGCAAGUAUCUUCAAUGGGCAGAAGAAGGUGUUAUAUUAUGCUGAUGCCCUGACAGAAAUAGCUGUUGUUGUCCCAUCACCAAUGGAGCCCUUAACUGAUUCUUUGGAAAGCAGUGUCUCUGACCAAGAGAAUGAUUCUAACAUGGAUCUAAUGCCUGGGAUACUAAAGCAGCCAUCUUUGACACUUGAACUUUUUCCCAAUCAUGCAGACCAUCUCAGUUCCUCACAGCGGCUCAGUCCUACUUCCAGAUCAAAGAAGGUGCCUCAGGGCCGAACCAUUCCACCAAUGGGACCUGAAACCAAGGUGUAUGUGGUCUGGGUUGAACGUUAUGAUGAUAUAGAAAACUUUCCCCUCUCUGAUUUGGUUUCUGAGACCAGCACUGGUGUAGAAACUACAGCAAAUAGUAGUACUUCCCUAAGAUCUGCAAGCCCUGAAAAGGAGGUUCCUGUGAUUUUUAUCCAUCCUUUAAACACUGGGUUAUUCAGGAUAAAAGUGCAAGGAGCUACUGGGAAAUUCAACAUGGUCAUUCCACUGGUGGAUGGAAUGAUUGUUAGUAGGAGAGCUCUUGGUUUCUUAGUGAGACAGACGGUAAUAAACAUUUGCCGAAGAAAGAGGCUGGAAAGUGAUUCAUACAACCCCCCACACGUCCGUCGAAAACAGAAAAUAGCUGAUAUUGUCAAUAAAUACAGAAACAAGCAGCUUGAGCCAGAGUUUUAUACUUCACUUUUCCUGGAGGUUGGGCUCAAUAACUGUAAUCCCUAGAUCAAUAUUCUUAUCAGAACUUGGUGGCUACAGUAACAAAAAUGGAUAGAUGAAAAAGCUAAAUGCAAAAAAAACCCCUCCCCUAUGCCAUUCGGAAUAGAGGAAACCACAUGCUAUCAUGGAGUCAGCGGAUACCAUGUGAGAAGAAUGAGAAACAGGCCCUUACCCUUCAGAUUUUCUUAGUGAAUCCAUAUGUGUUCACAACACCACAUCCUCAGCUGAAGAGACCAAAAUUAUAUUGCUUUCACUAUUUAAGACUUUUCCCCAGUUUUUGAGCAAGAAAAAAAAUACAGCAAAUGUGUAGCUCUGACAGCUUUUCACGUUCAGAGAGGAAAAAAAGACAUUAUACAUAGGCACAGAAACAAACGGCUAAAAACUCAUACCUCACUCUCUGCUUCUGGAGAUUUGGUUCAAGAGCUAAUACUGAGACCAGUUUCAUUCAAACCAGUGCAAUCUAAAAUGUGGUAGCUGGGUAUUAAAUUACCCUACCUAGCCUCAACCACUUGCUCCUUUCCAGUUUUCAUGAAUAGUGGAAACAUCACCUCUUACCCCUAUUAUCUAAUCUAGCCUAAUAAGAGGCAGAAACAAUUGAUGUCUCAUCUCACAAAAAGCCCAUAAUCCAAAUACAAACUUCUGUUUCUGCAUGUGAUAGCAGAAAAUAAACAUAUCUAGCCUAAGACUGGAAUGAAAGACACCUGAAUAUAACUAUACUUUAAAGACAAACUAACAGAAUCUCCCCUUCCAGCUUCCUAUGAAGUCAGGAGCCAGUCUCCAGAACAUGCAACUCCCACCAGGAUUUAAGUAGAAAGUUUAAAAAUUCCUCCAAAAAUGAUCUGCCCAUAACCAUUUACUUCAUGUAAUAGAAGGAAGUCAGGGAAAGUAGUUUAAAAACAGCAGGUCAUGAAUUCAAAGUUGAAGUUAUGAUACCAUAAUUGUCUUUCAAUAAAUUUCAGAAUUACUUUUGGUGUUGGAAAUUAUUCAGCUGUAUGCAGGUUUUAUUUUUUUCCCAGGCAUAAACAAUGCCUGAGGUAACUUGAUUUUUAAUAAUUUUUAAAUAAAUAGCUGAGUUUUCUUGAGGUCAUUUAUACACAAAGCUUAGAUAUUCAGGUCUGUUGCAAAAUAUUCUUUAUUUAAAUACGGUUUGAUAUUUUUUUUUUUUGUAGGUGAUCAAUGAACCUUUUAAAACUGGCUAACCUGCCUGCUUAAGUUUAAAUUGAAAUAUCUUUCUCUAUAAGAGACUGUUCAGAGUAGCAUGCAUGGUGGGGAUGGGACUAUAUUUUAUGUUCAGAACAAUAGCUUUCCUUUCGCAGAUUGGGAACAGGAAUUUUGGGGCUUGCCUAACAGAUAAUGUUUUCAUGUUUAAUAUUGUAUGGGUGUUAAGUGCUCCUCCAUAUUAAACCCCUUAGAGCAACAUUUUUGAAUGGGGGGCCACUUUAACAGAGCUUGGCUCUGAGCAUGGGCUCUUUUCAACCUGACUUGUGCCACAGUCUCCACUCUCCCCUGCAAUGCUCCUGCUGCCACCAGCACUUCUCCCUGCCACCCACUCAGCCCAUUGGCAAAGCACCCCACCACAGAAGGCCUUCAGCUCUGUGGGCUGGAUAAAGUGGCUCAAUGGUUGGAUCUGGCCCAUGGGUCAUAGGUUAACAAUGACUACCCUAAAGAACACUCACCUUUUCUGUAUUAUCUUUUUUCAUACUUGAGGCCACUUUUACAUGUGCUCUGGAGAGUUGGGGAGCAGCAUUUUAAUUAGAGUGGCUCCAAAAGCUGCUCCAAUUAAAAUGCCACCAUGUCUCCUGUAUCAGUGUCCCCACGCUUAAAAAUGGCAGUGGAGGUGCUUGAACUAAAGCUUAUUCAACACACUUUAGUUCAAGUGCCCCCACCACCUUUUCUAAGUGCGGAGAUGCUGAUACACAAGAUGAAGAGGCAGCUGGAGCGUGACAGUUGCAGAUUAAUUGAGUCUACUCCAAUGUGCUGGAAUUCCAGCAUGUUGGAGCAGCCUCACUGCUUAUGUAUAGGCACUCUAAAUGAUCACAGCUUUGACAUCCUAUUUAUAAUGAUUAAUAAGCAGCUACAUCCUAAUUCAACAUGAACUAUUUUGAAGAUGGUGUUCUUUUGGCUUGUUUGUAUUCAGCAGUAGCUUCUGAUUGCAAUGAUCUUCUUUUCUAGUGAUUAAUUGGAAGUGGCCUGUUGCCUUUUACAGCAGUGUAAGCAUUCUUAAGCUUUAAACUCUGUCUUCUCAUUGACCAGAUCAUUAGUUUUGAAGAAAACAUCUAAAAAAACCCAUACAAAUAUACAUUUAUUUCUUUGCCAAGAGGCAAAAUAGCCUGGAGUUUGUAAUUAGGUUCUGGAUCCUAUGAACAGUGACAGCCAUUUAUCAUAAAGUAACUAUCUUCCAGUCUGUUUGAGCUCCUCUACUUUAGUCACCUUUCUGGGAACCUAAUUUUAAAUUUGGACAUGGAAAUAACUAACAAAUGCAAAAGACAGAAAAAGUUUCCUUUUUAUAUCAUUAUCUUGACUUAUGUUCAGAUACUGAUGGGCUCAUCAGAGGGACACAAGAAGUCAGUUAUUGACAUGCUACAUUUCACAAUCCACUGCAGUACUGUACUGAAAAUCUUUCAGGAUCUCCCAAAACAAUUUCAAUCUAUGUUAUAAUAAUUAUUAUUUGAUCCUUCAGUAUAAUUGACGUUUAUCUGAAGACAACCUAUAAAUAGGUUAUAUGAAAGUAUUAGUGUAAGUAGGGGUUUGGAUACCUCUCCAGUUUAUUACAUAAUAGAAUUUCAGAAACUUUUAUUAUGCAUCACAACAAAGAAAAAAUACCUACGCCAUAUAACUUGCACACUUUUUUUACAAAGAAUAAACAAAAAUAUGUGCUCUAAAAAUCCACAUGAAAAAUUUUCAUAAUAUUUCAAAGAAAAGGGGAGUUAGGUGGUGGUGCGCAGCGCUCACAGUAUACUAACAUACUCAUCUCGUACAUCCUAAGCUCUGGGUUCAUACCAAAAAGAGACCCACGCAAAAAAACUGCUGCAAAAUUUGGCAUGCUUGCUCACCCAUAUUUAUAUGAUGCUCAGGAUUAUAAUACCAGGGAGUGCUGCGAGUCAGAGUUGAGGUGCAUUCGCAGAGCUGUGUAGGGGAGCCUUUACAGCUUGAUGUACCUAUUUGAUCCAAUCAACGUGACCAACCACAUUUAGUCCGCUGAUUUUAAUGUCAUGACGAAUGCAUGCAUAAUAAAAGUAAACAUACAGAGCAAUCAAACGUCUGCACAUGAACAAUAAGUUUUAAAAAACAAAACACUGGAACUAUAAAUACAUUUUUGAAAAAUGUAAAUAUAAGAAGAACCAUUAGCUUGCAUACUAAUGAACUUCAAAAGACAUCAUCUUUCAGUUAUUGGGACAUGAAGAAAAGUGUUAUGUAACAUCAGCACAUCUGUAUUGAGAAAAACCAGGAGUAUUUUCUACAAUGGAAGCCAAGAUAGUCGUAUUACUUGCUUUCAAAUAGUAUUACAAAAAGAUUAAAUAUUAAAGAGCUGUUCUUCAGCAAAAAAUAUUUUGUUGUUUAGUUCAGGACUUCUAUACUGAUAUUUUCUAUUGAAGCAUGAGUUUUUUAGUAUAGAGCAAGGCACCUGUGUCAAGUAAUCAAUUUAGAAGGUAUCACAGCUUGUGUCAAAGGUCUUGGAAGAAGAAAGCUGUUACCUGUGUCACUAAUGUGUUUAUCACAGAGCCUUUGAAACAGACUUUAUAAUUUUCUGACAUGGCCUUAUUUUGAUUUUAGAAUCAGUUGUUUAACAUGUUACACACAAGUGUAACAAAGUGUAACCCACGCAAAAAACCUACUGUGGACAUUAAUGGUCUGAGAUGUGAAAAGAAUUAAUUUUAUGAAGCCACACUGUCUAGUUCAAAACUAUUCUCAUUUACACAAACUCAAAGAAUGUUCUAUAUAUUUAGGUGAAUGUUGCAUACAGUGAUAUCCCUUCUUUGCAGCUACGUGCAUCAGAGAAAAUCACAGGAAAUGCUGUUUAUUCCCUCAGCUGUUCAGAUAAGUUUGUUGACUUCUUCCAAUAAAAUAUUAACCGUUCAUAAAAUGUAAACACUGAAAUGAUUGCUAAUUUAGAGACAUAUUUUGGCUCUGUUGCAGUCAGUGUAAUGUAACCUCAAGCAUUUUCUCUGAACUACCAGGUGAAAUAAGAGCAAUUUACCUUGCUCAUCCCCUAAAGGACCACUCUCAGAUUAAAAAUCCAGAUUGCCUUGCAAUUUGCUUCUCAUGACACUUAUUCAAACUUAACAUUUAAAAGACCAUUUUUAUUACUGGUUCAUGUAUAUGUAGCUUAUCUUUAGCCUAGUGUUAGGCAUGGCACCUUGCUACAUUAUUUAGGUUGUAACUAUUACUUAAGAAUAUUUAAAUGUAAACUUUUUUACAUAGUAGAAAUUUUUUAAUUACGGUUCAUAAUUUUUUUAACUGAUAGUAUCCCUUUAAAUGGUAUAGUGUGUCAGGAAAAUUUGAGAGUAACAUACUGUCAUCUUGUUUGCAUUUCUGUAUUGCAGUUGUAGCAAUUUCAGUAUGGUACUAAAUUAAAAUUACUUAAAGGGGUAUUGCAAAUUUACAACAAAUUGUAAGUGGAAAAAUGUGUGUGUUAACAAUUAGAUGCCUGCACAGAUAGCUUCUUCUGCAGGAAAGCUAUUGAUGGGGAAAGAAGUUGGUUAUUUGUAACUUAACAUUAAAUUACUGGUUUCCCAAAAGGUGGCUGUUCAUUUCUCUCAUACAGUGUUCUGAAUGUUUAGCCCAGAAGGAUAACAAUUAAAUUUGACUUUCAGUGACGAUAAACAAUUAAAUGUGAUUUAACUAUUACACAAUUUAAGAAUUGACGUCUUUGAAAGAACAAAUAUACAUUUUUCACAAUGGGUUUUAACAGAAGUAGUUUUAAAUGAGGUUGUCUGGUAUGAUGUGCUUAAAAUCAUGUACAAUUUGUAUGAAUUUCUGUAUGUUGCCAAGACAAGAUCUUUUUGUUCUUACUGUAUUUUUAUGUAAAUAAUACUUGCGGUAAGUUGUAAAGUAAAGAAAAACUGUAAAUACAAAGAUGUGAACUAUGUUCCGUUGUCUCUAGUACUAUAUUUCUUGUUUAGGGAAAGAAGACAAAGGCUUGUUUGUAUUUAUGCCAAUUCUUUGUCCACAAGAAACACAUCAAAUAUUGAAUGUAACACAACUAGUCUAAUAAAUUUUAAAGAAAUUCUUAUCUAUUAA